AUGUCUAAUCUAAAAGAUUUUGAAAUUAGUGAACUACUUGAUGGAAAUAAUUCCGAUUGUCCAUACUUUGAUUCUGACGAAGAUGACAAUAAGUCAAGCAGUAAUCGAAAUGAAGGACAUUUUCUGAUCGAAGAAUUUGAAGACCUCAUGGCCGAUUUAGAAAAACAAAGUUUUAAUAAUGAUUUGGACUACGAGUAUUUGAAUACAGAUGACGCAGCAAAUUUUCUGGAAGAGUACAAUGAUUAUAUGCCAGCAAUAAUCAAUACUGAAUCACUGAAUGAUAAUUUGGUAAAUAUUCAAUUAUCUUCUAAACAUGAGAUUAAAUGGGAAAGAUUGCCUUUUUCUAAUAGUAAAAAACCCAUAUUAAAUGACAUUUUACCUGACGUAUCCGAUUAUUAUGAGAUUCAAGCUCCUUUGGUGUAUUUUAAUCGUUAUUUCAAUGACGCAGAAAUUGAAAAAAUGGCAGAAAUGACCAACAGGUAUGCAAUUCAAAAUGGAUCAUCAUGGAAUAAACCUACUGAUAUAUGGGAAAUAAAAACAUUCAUUGCUCUUCAUAUUCGUAUGGGUUGCUUAAAAUACCCUAGGGUACGAAUGUAUUGGGACACUACUUUAGGUUUAUCUAAUUUUAGCCAAUAUAUGACAGUUAAUCGAUUUUUCUCGCUAAGAACAAAUUUUCAUGUUGUUGAUAAUUUAACAUUGUCAAAUGACAAUAAAGAUCGAUUUAAAAAAUUUAGACCUAUGUAUGACUGUGUUAGAAAAAGAUGUAAGCAAUUAAUUGUCGAGCGUAAUAUUUCAAUCGACGAACAAAUUGUUCCAUUCACGGGAAAAUUAAAUAUAAAACAGUACUGCAAAGGAAAGCCAAACCCGUGGGGAGUAAAAAUAUACGUUAUGUGUGGAUCAAGUGGAACUAUUUACGAUUUUUUACUUUAUCAAGGAUCCGCCACUGAAUUUGAUAUUCCUCCUCAAAUACAAAAACAAGUUGGGAUGGGCGGAAGUGUCGUAUUAACUCUGACACAAGAUUUGGAAAAAAACAAACAUUUGACAAAAAGUAGAGGUAGACCAAGUAGCAGUACUCCGAAAAAUUCACCACAGACAAAAAAGAAAAAAAAAGAGCCAUUACCACAUGAAGAAACACGAAAAGAUUUAAUUGGACACUUACCAAUGUAUAAUAACAAUAAAUUACGUUGUAAAAAAGAAGGUUGCGGCGCGAAAACUCAUGUGUAUUGUAAAAAAUACAACAUACCCCGAUCAAAUGUUAGUAAUUUGAGAGAUAUGGAUAAAAACAAUAGUGAUGAUGGGGAUGUAUCAGAAAAGUUAUUGGCCACUUCUGAAGUUAAUACUGAUUUACCAUUAAUAAACAAUCAAGAAAUCAAUUUACUAACAAGAUAUGAGAACAUUGAAAACAGUGAUAAUAGAUCUGAAUUUCUAGAGAAUAUUUCCAUCAUAAAUAACUGA